CUUUUAUGUUUAUAUACACCUCCUUCUACUUUUAGUUAUUCUCCCUUUUUCUGUUCGUUUCUUUUUUCUUUCAUUCCUUUCAUCCCUUAUUUAAAUUCAUUUCGUCUUGUUUUCUUCCUCUUUCUUCUUUUCUAUACGAUGUCACUUUUAAAAUCUGGCCAAACUAUUCAAACUACUGGCAAUAAUUUAGUGGGUCUGUGGAGACCUUCAUUUGUCAAAGUAGAUCAUCGACUGUUCGUUUAUGGAGGUGGAGGAAACGUCACGAAUGAUUUACACGUCCUUAAUUUAUAUGAUAUGCGAUGGGAGACAGUUCAAACUGCUAAAGGAAUACCUCCAUACAAAAGGUAUGGCCAUACUGCGACACUGUGGAACAAUUGCAUCAUUAUAUUUGGUGGAUGCAAUGAGUAUCAAGAAUAUUGUAAUGACAUUCAUAUUUUUGAUAUUGAAAAGUCAUCCUGGUUCCAACCUGAAAUCGAUAAUGUCGUACCUGCAAGAUACUUGCAUAGUGCGUCCGUGUACGACGACAAGCUGUUUAUUUAUGGAGGAUUUGCAAAGAAUUCGAAUUGUACUUAUGUGUUGGACGAAUUAAGCGUAUUGGAUCUCAAGACGUUCACUUGGACAAAAUAUCACGGUGUUCCUCCUCGUUAUAAUCAUUCAGCAACCCUGAUAGGACAUAAAAUGUAUAUUUAUGCCGGUAAAGACGAACAUGGUGAUACGAUUUCCGAUUUGUUUGUUAUCAAUCUAAACGCACCACCCUAUACACCACAUUUGGUCUUUAGUGGAUCAACCUACUCGCAAAUGGUAUUAUUAAAAUCACAACAUUUCUGUGAGGCUGUUUGUGGUAAAUUACUUGUGUUUGGAAGAUACUUGACUCAAAACACACCCCAUGAGUCUAUGUAUGGACUAUGGAUGCUUGACUUGGACACGUUAACAUGGGAAAGACAAGAACGCAAUGCUCAUUUUGAAGUUGGAGGCUGGAACUAUUUCACUGUGAUUUCUCAAGACGGACUAAACAACUUGUUCUUUUUGGGCAACACAGACCCAUUUCGACCUCAAGGCUAUGAUCAUUUCAGAGACGCACUUGUAAUUAAUAGUGAAACACUGGGUCUGUAUGAUAUUCCUGCCCUCAGUGUCUCUUGCGAAUUUUCACAAUUGUUGAAUAAUCCAGAAUUAUCAGAUUUUGUGAUUGUGCCAGCCAAUGGUCAGGCUUUUCAUGUGCACCAAGUGAUUCUUGUUACGCGCUGGCCGCAUUUUAGGAACAUUUAUAAAUCCGGAAUGAUGGAAGCUACACAAAGACGCAUGGAAAUACCAGAGCCUUAUGAAGUCGUCUUGGUCUUUCUCAAGUAUCUCUACAAUGAUCGACUGGACGAAAACGAAUCUUGUAGUAAUAUAUGUCAUGUUUUAGUGCUAGCCAAUAUGUAUUUACUUCAUCGACUGAAAAAGAUCUGUUGUGAGCAACUCUAUCGCCAACACCUUACGAUUGAAAACUGUGGUCUCAUCUUCGAAAAAGCCAUCAUGGCAGAAGAAACAGGCUUAAAACUAUUGACACUGGACUUUAUGUUCCGAAAUUUAGGCUAUGUGCUAAAAUCAAAUAUUUUACUGCAAAUGUCACCGAAUAUUCGCAUGGAAUUUCUGGAUGCAGUGCCUGAAGAUGCGGUUUUGGAAAUACAUCAGCGUUCCAUUCAUACCAUAAAUCCAUUAAGCAGUCCAACCAUUCACACUAAACAAUAUCAUACCCGUCAUUCUAAUGCAUCCUUACCGCAUAAUAAUAGCAGUAAUAAUAUCAUCUUAAGGAACUCACAAUAUAUACCUGUUGAAUCUUCUUCUACAACCACUCCUCCUACUUCUUCUUCUUCUUCCUCUAGUAAUCUAAAUACCUCGUCCACAACUGCUGUAGGUGUUCAAUAAUCUUUUUAAAAAAGAAAAAAUAAAAUAAAAAAAGGCUUCAUAAGACUAU